AUGGCUUUCCAUCAGCCCACGCGGCAGGCCCUUCAACGGCCGCCACGCCAGGAGUCGCAAGAACGAGACGACAACCGCGUCUCUACUGUACUUCCCGCCGCCCUCGAGGGUUCGCAAACAUGGGUGCUCUUCUCGCCGAACGCGGACACGGAGACGGCAUCGUCCGUUCUGGACUCGCUCCAGGAAUCCUCACAGCAAACAGCCGGCCGUUCACGGCUGAGUGACCUGGGCAGUUUACGUAGCCUCGAACACUCCGAUUAUGCAUCCUCGCGCGCGCAAUCAGCCGUUGCGAGGCCAGCGAAUCUCCGCCUCUCCCUCCUCACAUCAGCACGCGCCCAGUCCAACUUCGAUGAGGCUGUCAUGAGCGACGAUGCCCGGCCCGACGCCGAAGACGACGCCGAGCUCGACAGCCUCGACAGCCACCUCCCCGAUUUCCGCCCUACUACACAACAAAACCUGGCACAGCAAGCUAUGGCAGCCACUGCCACCACGACUGUCAACCUUCCGACGCAUGAUGGUCUCGGCACUUUCCGGUUAGGCAACACCACUGGCUUGAGUGCUGCUGUCCAAGAACACCUCUACUCAUUCGAGCAGUUCAACCCACGGCGGGUCCCAAAGCGGCACCGUGCGUCUUUGGACCUGGCGCAGCUGCAGGCCGACGAUGAAUUUGCAGAGGAUAUUGAGCGGACACGGCGUAUUGAGGCCUGGCGGCUGGAACACAGCCGCGUACUUCUCGAAGAGAUUCAGAAAGAGACUCGCCGGCGGCGCGGGUCCGAGCUCUCUGCACGACGAAGUCGGGUGAGUGGUGCAGCAGGCAACGCGACCCUCGCGCCCGGUGCUGUUGCUGCAGACAGGACCGCGCAGGUGGAGACGAGUACCGACUGGCACGACCAGGAGGAGGAUGACCGUCUCACGAAGCUUCGCAAGGCAGCAGGUGAAGAUGGCGAUGGCCCAAGCGAAGGUCUGUGGACUCGCAUUACACGCAGGUUUAUGGUUGAAGUCAUGGGUAUCGAUGACCGCAUCCUAUCUGUCCUCUUCGGCGAAGAUAUCGCGGCCAACGAGGAACAAACCGAUGAGAUGGACCUGUCCUCAACGCCCCGUGCAUCCAACCCUCUGUUGGAAGCAGGUGCUAUCGGCGUAGACUCGGCGGAUGUUGGCCCCUAUGGGGACGACUCCUCAUCUUGGCAGCUGCGCAUGCUCGAGCGCAUUGCCAAGGAGCUGGGCUUGUUUGUGCAUUCGCACAUCAGCUCGCAUCCGGGCGCGUUUUCGACCUUCACCCGCAUGCAGCAGAUGCCCCUGCCAUACGCUGGCCUGCCGGUGAUCCCCGAGACAACCACACCUGCGAAUCGCGUCCUCGGGAGCGAACAGGGGCCGACCGAGGUCUCUGGUGAGAAGAGAACCAGCGAUAUCACUCCGACCGGGACUACGGCUUCGCUUCCCCACUUCAAGCCCACCAUCUACCAAGCACAACCGAUGGACAUCCCUGGUCAGACGACAGAAAACAACACUACGCCACCUACCGCUGGCAGUGCUACAGCGAACUCUACGUCGACCACGCCAACGGCCGCACAGGCUUUCACUCAGGAGGAGUGGGAGCAGGACCUCGACAUCAAGCUCGUGUUCCGCUACCUGCGUUCGCGCUUCUUUUCGGGAUCAGCGUCGGGAAACAACCAUGCACACCGCCACCACCUCCACCACCUCGCACACCACGGCCACAGUGCCGGGGUUAGUGGCUCGAUCACCAUGAGCUCGCAGGAGGCCGCGGCCAAGGUGGCUCGCGUGCGUCAGCACCACCCGCUGGUCGGUCGGGGUGCGUCGGGUGCGCGCCAGACUGGUGAGCGGCGGCCGCCCAUGCCUGCGUUCCGCAACAUGAACACACCGGGCGGUUUAGCGGCGCCAUCGAGCCCUAUCCUGCGCCACGGUCACGGCCACGGGACGGCGACCUCGUGUGCCAGUCAGAGCACGCGGCGGUCGGCGCGGCGUAGUAGCAUGUCGUCGCGGCACUCGUCGCGGCACUACUGGGAUAUUGGAGGAUCGAUUGGGACUGGGUCGAUGAUUGCGUCUGCAGGCCCCAUGGGCAGCUGGGGCGAGGUGUAA